ACAAAACACGUGAACAUGAAACUUCUCCUCAUUUCCCUGGUGGUGGCGUACGCGGCGGCGGACGUGUCCCACAUCCUGGCCAAGUCAGGCGAGGCCAACGCCAAGAUCAUCAGGCAGGACUUCGACGCAGGCCCCGAGGGGCAGUACCAGUGGCAGUAUGAAACGGAGAACGGCAUAUCAGCACGGGAGCAGGGCGCUUUGAGGAACAUUCAGGCGGAGAACCCAGCCCUAGAAGCCCAGGGCGAGGCCAGGUGGACUGCCCCUGAUGGCCAGGUCAUCGAGUUCCAGUACAUCGCCAAUGAGAACGGCUACCAGGUCCAGGGCAACGCCCUCCCCACCCCCCCACCCAUCCCCCCAGAAAUCCAGCGCGCCUUAGAGUACAUCAGAGCCCACCCCAUCCCAGAGAACCAACAAUAGGUUAUCCAAACAUCAGUAACUUAGCGUGAAUUCCGAAAUAUAACCCAGUGUAGAGCUCAUGACGUCAUUAAUCCGGGUCGGAUUUUGUGACAUUUUGUGGUCGAAUACUGUGUUCCGAAAUAUAACCCAAUAUAUUGGCUACUGCUGAGCUUAUCUGACGCCAUAUUGUACUAGUGAGACAAAUGUGACAUAUUAGUUGUAUAAUCUGUGAUAAUUGCAAUAAUGACAUCCCUACAAGGUCAUAUACGUCAAUGGCCUGUAUAUUUUGGAACAAAUCAACAGUUAUAGCAUCGAAUCUCGACGUUACGAGCACUAAAAAGUAUACUGAGUUAAAUUUAGGAACUUGCACAAAAUAUUACUAAUAGCCGCCUAUUGCCAAAAACUGCAGCGCCAUUUUAUGAAUUUUGACAUUUCAAAAUGGCGUCCAGUUAGCCGUUACAUUUAAAUAAUAGAAUGACCUAAGCCUACGAGGUUUUGUAUUCAAGAGGCUAUGUGAAUAUUUGUGGUGCGUCUUUCGUGAUGCUUCAUAAAGUAUUUUACAUAACAUUGUGAUUGUAUCAAAGAAUCUAUUUUUAUGUAAUAUAAGUUUU